UUGGUAUUUCAAAGGCUUAAACAAAGAGUUCUUGCCCGACUUGGAGCUGCAGUUUGUGUUACUAACAAGAAUUACUGCAGGAGUCUUAUAAAACAUUCUUAGUUAUUACUUCUUUUGUGUCUUUAUUUAUACGUAUCCUGCAAGGACUCAACUGCUCCAUCGAUCGAUAAAAGCAGCUAAUUAACCACCUUGUGAUACAUAUAUAUAUAUGUUGGAUUAAUUGCUCGGGGUUCCUUCGUCGACGUCCCCUCAGGGUGAUUAGUGGUGGCAAAUAUGGAGAUGGGUGGAGGGCUGUCAAUACUAGGAUGUCUUGUGAUCAUAUUCUUGCUAGUCGAUUGCAGCACCAAGAUCCAUGCACACAGGAGAAAUCCAGAGAGUAAUCAAGGGUCAUCACCUCCAGUCAAGCUCCAAGUUUUGGACAACCAUGUGGAGAUAGACAAUGGCAUCGUUAAACUUACGUUGUUAAAGCCGAGCGGCAUGAUCACAGGCAUCGGCUACAAAGGAAUCAAUAACGUACUUGAGUAUCGCUCUAAAGAAACACAACGAGGCUAUUGGGACAUUGUGUGGAGCAGGCCAGAGAUAGGCAAAAGUUUCUUCGACACGCUCCAAUGUACAAGCUUUAAGGUUGUAGCAAAGACUAAGGAUCAGGUUGAAGUUUCUUUCACAAAGACAUGGAAUGUCUCCCUUGGCAACAAUGUCGUCCCCCUCAACAUCGAUAAAAGGUUCAUAGUCCUGCGUGGAGUUUCAGGUUUUUACUCAUAUGCAAUUUUCGAGCACUUGAAAGGAUGGCCUGAUCUAAACGUCGAUGAAGCUAGAAUCGCUUUCAAGCUUCACCAGGACAUGUUCCAUUACAUGGCUAUAUCGGAUGACAAGCAAAGGAUCAUGCCAUCGGACCGCGACAGGACAGCAGGCCAUGUUCUUGAUUACAGAGAAGCUGUUUUGUUAACAAAUCCUGGAAAUCCAAACCUUAAAGGAGAGGUCGAUGACAAAUACCAGUACUCGUGCGAAAACAAGGAUAAUCGUGUCCACGGGUGGAUUAGCUCUAAUCCACGUGUCGGAUUUUGGGUGAUAACUCCCAGUGAUGAGUUCCGGGCCGGUGGACCUGUGAAACCGGACCUCACAUCACAUGCUGGCCCGACUUCCUUAGCUAUAUUCUUUAGUGGGCAUUAUGCUGGUCCGAGUUUUGGAAUUCGAUUGCGCAAUGGAGAGGCCUGGAAGAAGGUCUUUGGUCCUGUUUUCAUCUACCUUAACUCGGGUUCGACAAAUAAUGCACUCUGGGAAGAUGCUAAAAAACAGAUGUCUGAAGAAACCAAGAAAUGGCCGUAUGAUUUCCCGAUGUCAGUGGAUUUUCCUCAUGCCAGUCAACGAGGUACCAUCAGUGGUCGAUUACUAGUUCGUGACAGGUACAUCAGUAGAGAACUUAUGCCGGCAAAAUCAGCUUACGUCGGAUUGGCUCCGCCUGGAAAUGCUGGAUCCUGGCAAGAAGAAACUAAGGGUUAUCAAUUUUGGACACGAACUGACGAUAAGGGCUACUUCACGAUACAAGGUGUCCGAGCAGACACUUACAACUUAUACGCAUCGAUUCCAGGGAUCAUCGGAGACUACAAACACGACAUAGAUGUUAUAAUCAGACCUGGAAGCAAAGUUGGAAUAGGUGAUCUCGUGUACGAUCCUCCAAGACACGGUCCAACGCUCUGGGAAAUCGGGAUCCCUGAUCGUUCUGCAGCCGAAUUCUACAUACCUGAUCCGGCCCCAGGCCUUGUAAACAAGUUGUUCAUCAACCAUAAAGACAAGUUUAGGCAAUACGGGCUAUGGGAUAGAUACACAGAUUUGUAUCCGACCGAAGAUUUAGUUUAUACAGUUGGCAUCAGUGAUUAUCGUAAAGACUGGUUCUUUGCUCAUGUUAACAGAAACAUAGACAACAACUAUACACCAACCACAUGGCGGAUUUUGUUCGAUGUAAGAAAUGUCAGCAGGAGAGGAACUUAUACACUCAGGCUGGCUUUGGCUUCUGCUAACUUCGCUGAAAUACAAGUAUGGAUCAACAACCCUUACGGUCAUCGCCCUCUUUUCACAACACAACGGAUAGGGAGGGACAACGCGAUUGCAAGACAUGGCAUUCACGGGCAAUACCGAUUAUAUAGUAUUAAUUUAUCAGGAUUUCAACUAGUAAACGGGAGAAACACGAUAUAUCUCAAGCAAGCAAGAGGGUCGAGCCCUUUCGCAGGAGUGAUGUAUGACUACAUUCGGUUGGAAGGGCCUCCUCAGGCCUACUAUAAUUAGGACAGGCAAAUGAAGAAGUGCACAUACAACAUAGUACAUUCUUUUUGUAUGGUUGUCGAAGCCUCCCAAAUUAGGAGAAAGGGCUGUUCUUUUUUCUUUCAUUUGUAAUCUUUUGUAGUUUUUCAUGCAUUUUUGGAUUGUUUGAUGAUCUCGUCUCAAAAUCAGCAGAGAAAAGAGAGAUUUUCUUUGUCA